AUGAAUGAAAUUAUGGAUAUGGAUGAGAAGAAGCCCGUUUUCGGUAACCAUUCCGAGGACAUACAGACCAAAUUGGACAAGAAAUUAGGACCUGAGUAUAUCUCCAAGAGAGUUGGGUUUGGAACAAGCAGGAUUGCAUACAUCGAAGGUUGGAGAGUAAUUAAUCUUGCUAAUCAAAUCUUUGGAUAUAAUGGCUGGUCUACGGAGGUAAAAAGUGUAGUUAUCGAUUUUUUGGAUGAGCGACAGGGAAAGUUUAGCAUAGGGUGUACUGCAAUUGUUCGUGUUACGUUGACUAGCGGGACUUAUAGGGAAGAUAUUGGGUAUGGUACCGUGGAGAACGAAAGACGGAAACCUGCCGCUUUCGAAAGGGCCAAGAAAUCUGCCGUUACGGAUGCCUUGAAAAGAUCUUUGAGAGGGUUUGGUAAUGCUCUAGGAAAUUGUCUUUACGAUAAAGAUUUUCUGGCAAAGAUCGAUAAGGUGAAGUUCGAUCCGCCAGAUUUUGACGAAAACAAUUUGUUUAGGCCAACGGAUGAAAUCAGCGAAAGCUCAAGAACGAAUACUUUGCAUGAAAAUCAAGAACAACAACAAUACCCGAAUAAAAGAAGGCAAUUGACUAAAGUUACAAAUACCAAUCCCGACUCGACGAAGAACCUGGUGAAAAUAGAAAAUACAGUAAGUCGAGGUACCCCAAUGAUGGCCGCACCUGCUGAGGCUAACAGUAAAAACAGCAGUAAUAAAGAUACUGAUCUCAAAUCUCUCGAUGCUUCCAAACAGGAUCAAGAUGACCUUCUCGAUGAUUCUCUUAUGUUUAGCGAUGAUUUUCAAGACGACGACUUGAUAAAUAUGGGCAACACAAACAGUAAUGUUUUAACGACAGAGAAGGAUCCCGUUGUAGCUAAGCAAAGCCCAACUGCUAGCUCAAACCCAGAGGCAGAACAAAUCACCUUUGUUACAGCUAAGGCUGCAACUUCCGUACAAAAUGAACGUUAUAUUGGUGAAGAGAGCAUUUUUGAUCCCAAAUACCAGGCACAAUCCAUUAGGCACACCGUUGAUCAGACUACGUCCAAGCAUAUUCCAGCGAGUGUGCUAAAAGACAAAACGAUGACCACCGCGAGGGAUUCUGUCUAUGAAAAAUUUGCACCAAAGGGAAAACAAUUGAGCAUGAAGAACAAUGAUAAAGAACUGGGGCCUCAUAUGCUAGAAGGGGCUGGGAAUCAAGUACCGCGUGAAACCACACCAAUUAAAACGAACGCUACAGCUUUUCCGCCUGCAGCUGCUCCACGGUUUGCGCCGCCUUCUAAGGUAGUACAUCCUAAUGGAAAUGGUGCAGUGCCAGCCGUUCCGCAACAAAGAUCGACACGAAGAGAAGUUGGAAGACCAAAGAUCAAUCCCCUGCAUGCACGCAAGCCUACUUGA